AUGGCAGUUUACUCACUCCUAUCAGAACAUCUGCAAUGCCCUGACACGGUCCUGGUGCUCCCCCCGCCCGGCCAGCUCAGCCUCGCCCCUGCCGCGCUGGAGGAGGAAGUGGGCCGGCAGCUGCAGUGCCUGCUGCCCGGCAGCGACGUCCCUGCGAUCGCGUGGGCGCCGUUGCAUGCGGCGUUCGUGGCGGACCAGGCACGCACCGCUGCGGCCACGGUGUGCCACCUGGCACUCGCCCCCGGGCUGUGCUGCGCGAGCACCGCGCCCUGCAUGCCGGGCAUGGACCCCGAGCCGCCGGAGCCCGCGCCCUUACCGGGCCCCCGCACCGACCGUGGGACGCAGACCCCCCGCCACCUGCCACGCAGCCGCCAGGUGCAGACGCAGAGCGCGCCCCGUGCCACAGCCUGCGGCCAGUGCGACGCCGUGCACUCCGCCGCCCUGGAAUUGCUGGAGCCGGCCCGCUGCGUCCUGGAGCGCAUGCUGAUGCAGAACGCGCUGCGUGGGGCGCUGCUGGACUGCCGGUACUGGGACGACCCGGCGGACGAGGUGCGGGCGCGGGAGGGCACGCUGCUGCCCCUCUGGCUCUUCCCCGCGCCGGGGAAUGCGCGGCACGCUGUCACCGCGCUGGCCUGGUGCCCCGGGCACCCCGACCUCUUUGCCGUGGGGCACGGGGGAUUUGACCCCGCGAAGCCCCUGCGAGGGGCCGUCGCCGUGCACUCCCUCAAGGCCCCCUCCCGUCCCGAGCUCACGCUGCGGCUGCCGACGGGGGUGAUGUGCCUCGCUUUCCACCCCGUGCAUGCCGACGUGCUGGCCGUCGGCUGCCACGACGGCUCCCUGCACAUCUACAGCCUCAUGGGCAGGCUGGGCCAGGCCGAGGACGCCCCCGCCCCUGCGCCCCUGUACGCCUCCCGGCUGGGGGAGGGGGGCCGCUGGGAACCCAUGUGGCAGGACCUCCUCUCCAUCCAUGCUCCUCCCAUUGAGGGUGGCUCGGAGACCGAGGACGAGGAGGCGCUCGACCUUGCAGACGUAGCAUGGCUUCCCGGGGCGUCUGUGGUGUUUGCCGCCGCCACCGAGAACGGGCGGGUCCAUGUCUUCGACCUUUCCAAGGACAGACGCCACGCGCUUUGCGUACAAAAGCUUGCUAACAAGACAAAACUCACAAAGCUGGCCUUCAACCCCAAGGAGCCCCUGCUUCUUGUGGGAGACGACAGGAGCGCCAAGUAUAUCCCCUUCGGCAAAGUCCUCGCAAACACCAUGGUUGGCGGAGUGCACCCUAUUCCCGGCAAUGGGCACGUCCCAGCCGGUAAGAUCAUCGGCCCCGUGCUCGGCCUCUUCACCGCAGUGGCGGCAGUGUUCUAUGCCCGGCACACGUCCGCGACGGUGCCCAACACCAUUUCUCGGGAUUGGGAGGACGCGUCUGUGGCCUACGCCGCUGCCGCUCCCUUCGAGGGCGCCCCCGACAAGGUCGCCUUCCUGAACCCCUUCUUCAACAGCAUCCCCCCCGCCAAGGCCGUCCGACCUGCCGAGUGA